AUGUACAUAGUCGUAGGCGGCGGUGUUGCUGGUCUGACAGUCGCUAGCCGAUUAUCCGAAGAUCCGACCGUCAAAGUUCUUCUGCUUGAAGCUGGACCUGCUGAUAAUGGAGAGCUGUUCGUGGAGGUGCCAGGCAUGAUCGGAAACGGCAUCGGCACCAUCUAUGACUGGAACCUGUCCACAGUACCGCAAGCUCACCUGAAUGGCGCUCCGCGCAGUCUCCCCCAAGGCCGUGGGCUUGGUGGCGGCAGCCUGAUUAACGGCAUGCUCUGGAGUCGAGGCGAAAUCGGCGACUGGGAGAACUUCGUGCAGCUCGGCAACCCUGAGUGGUCGUGGCAGGAUAUGCUACCUUACUUCAUGCGGAGUGAGACCUACACGCCACUGUCGUCAGUUGAGCUCUCCGAAGAGUACUCGAUUGAGGCAGACAUGAGCGUCCAUGGAACCAGUGGACCGAUCAACGUUAGCUUUCCUCACUAUUUCUGGACCAGCUCAGCAGACCUCUUCAGCGGACUGAAUCAGCUAGGUGUCCCAACCGCAUACGACCCCAAUGAAGGUCUCAUUGCAGGGGCUAGCUUCUUACCGCUCAGCCUUGACCCUGUCGAGGAGAUGCGGGCAACAGCGCGCAAGGGCUACUUUGAUCCGUUUGUCCUACGACCGAACCUGUACGUUACCACGGGACAGGCAGUCACCCAGAUCAUAUUUGAGGGCCGCGGCACCGAUUCCAAUGAGACUGCCAUGACGUCGGAGGGUAUGUCCUUUGCGAGCAAUGCAGAGACAUCAAGCCAACAGAUAACGGCAAGUCGCGAGGUAAUAAUGGCUGCCGGUGCGCUCCACAGCCCUCAGCUGCUGAUGUUGAGCGGUAUCGGUCCGGCUGUAGCCCUGCGGGCGCUUCGCAUACCAGUCAAUGUGGACCUGCCCGACGUCGGCAGUAAUUUGCACGACCAUGGGCAAGUCUGGGCGUGGUAUCCUUACAAUAACUCCAACAUAACAACGCCGCUUGACUUCUUCACCAAUUCCACGUUCGCGAAUGAUGCUUGGACCGACUACUGGGCGAAUCAAACUGGCCCAAUGACUACUGCUGCGUUUGAUGGUGUUGCUUUUCCAUCGCUGCCAUUCAUCACAAAUGGCUCGAACGCCAUAGCUUAUGCCGCAUCGUUGCAGAGCGCUGGGCAGUACCUCCCCGUCAACACCGAUCCAACAGUCAGCGCUGGCUACGCAGAGCAGCUGACUCUGCUCGUCGACGCGCUUGCAGAUCCGACGCGAGCUGGCUACGAAAUCAUAAACGCCAAUGACGGUGCACUGACGGUAGCAAACAUGCGGCCUUUGAGUCGCGGCACAAUCGCCCUAAAUUCAUCCAAUCCUUUCGAUCCACCAGUCAUAGAUCCGAGAUACGGCAGCAACCCUAUCGAUGCGCAAGUCUUGCUUGCGGCUCUACGCUUCAACGAACGACUGAUUGCAACGAACAGCCUAGCCGCCAUGAAUCCGAUCCAGCAGUAUCCGCCUCCAGAUGCCACUGAUGAGCAGCUUCUGCAGUACAUUGCUGCAAACAUGCAGACAGAGUACCAUCCGGCGGGCACUAAUGCGAUGAUGCCGCUGGCGCUUGGCGGUGUAGCUUCGCCAGAGCUGCUCGUGUAUGGGACGUCCAACCUGCGAGUGGUCGAUGCAAGCAUCAUACCGAUGUUACCGGCAGCACAUCUGCAGGCGGUGGUGUACGGCAUUGCAGAAAAGGUUCCCUGA